AUGCUCCUAACAUAUAGGAGUUUCACUUUACCAAGGUCGAUAAUUUUUCGCCAAUAUGCAACAGUUCGUCACAGGCAAGAUGAUGUCAUUUACAAUAAAGAGAUUAGGGAUCGUAUAAAAAAAUCUUUCCAGGCUUUCAAGUCCAAGUUGAAAUCAAACAAUCUAAAACAAUUUCACUAUCCGGUAAUUAGGAAACAUUACGAUAAUUUGUUUCUGAAAAACAAUUACAAUGCUCUUCUCAAAACUACAAUAGAUUUGGAGCAAGAAGUAUUGGAUAGCUCAAGUGAACAUAUUAGAAAGGUGGAUCUGAAAUCACAAUCACCAAAAAUACUGGCCCAAAUAUUAACCCCUACUCAAGAAAACUUGGCUCAGAUAACGGGCUUUAUUCUCAAUAAUAGAGACAACUUAGAUAUUCUACCAUUAGAACCUGAUGCUGUCAAAACGAAUUCAAGUGAUGAGAAACUUGAUCUCACGAUGGAUUUGUUAAUCGAAAAAUUCUUGUAUAUGAAGUUCAAGCCAUUUCACUUACAUCACACGUUUUCAAAUAAAGAUAAUAACCAAAACUACAAUGAAAAAUUGACACUGAACAUAAUGGAUGUUGAUAACCCCUUUGAAUGGUUUCCUCAAGCUAGACGACUCAAACGUAAGUUUAUUAUGCAUGUAGGGCCUACCAACAGUGGUAAGACAUAUAAUGCGUUAAAAAGAUUGGAAACUUGUUCGAAAGGGUAUUUUGCUGGUCCUUUGCGAUUGUUGGCAAGAGAAGUUUACGAGAAGUUUCAGUCUAAGGGCGUUAGAUGUAAUUUAGUCACUGGAGAAGAAGUCGUUGUUGAUAUUGAUGAAAAUGGUAAUAGGGCUGGGCUAACUUCAGGUACAAUUGAAAUGUUAUCCUUGAGUGAUAGUUAUGAUGUUAUUGUAGUUGAUGAAAUUCAAAUGAUUGGUGAUCAAUUCAGAGGUUCAGCUUGGACAAAUGCAAUCCUCGGUGCCAAGGCAAAGGAGAUUCAUCUAUGUGGUGAGAAAUCUGCAAUCCCUUUGAUUGAGAAAUUGGUAAAAAUGACCGGUGACGACUUAAUAAUCAACGAAUAUAACCGAUUAGGCAAAUUAGUUGUUGAUGACAAACCGAUCAAUUUCCAUGAAUUAAAGAGGGGUGAUUGUAUCGUAUGUUUUAGCAAGCCAGUUAUUUUAGACAUGAAGGCACAUGUUGAAAAAGAGACCGGCCUGAAAUGUGCUGUUAUUUAUGGCGCCUUACCGCCGGAAACAAGAGCUCAAGAAGCUCAACGCUUCAAUGAUGGUGUUUAUGAUAUAGUUGUUGCCUCCGAUGCCAUUGGUAUGGGUUUGAACCUAAAGAUUAAUAGAGUUAUUUUCACGACUACUCAAAAAUACAACGGUAAGGCAAACGUUACUCUAACAGACUCAAAUAUUAAGCAGAUUGGUGGCCGUGCUGGUAGGUAUGGUGUUGGUGGCGGAGAGGGUCAUAUUACGGCAAUUAACGCUACCGAGCUACAAGUUGUCAGGAAAGCCAUAGAUGCACCUAUCGAGUACUUGAAAACUGCCACCUUAUGGCCACCUGAUGGGUUAUGGGUUAGAUACUACUCAAUGUUUAGUGGAAGAACCCCAUUAAGUUCUAUAUAUAGGAAGUUUGAGAACGACUUGAGCAAGCAUUAUAGAAAAACCAAAAACCUGAAAAGAACUUUUGUUCUUCAAUCAUUGGAUGACCGGAAGACGGUUUCAAAAUUUUUUGAGGCCCAUAACUUGACCGAGAACUUUUAUAUACAAGAUCAGCUUAAAUGUAUUGCAUGCCCAACAACUUUGACAGGAGCUCCAUCAAGAGCUUUGAAAUUAGUCACCGAUGAUUUGUUCAAACAGUUCAUGGAAACUAUUGCAACAAGAAGCAGGAAAUCUGUUUUUGAUUUCGAGUCUAUGCCAUUUUAUGUAACUUCAGAAGAUUCAAUCGAAGGUGAGCCAAUUAUUAAAGACAGAAAAAUACAUACUAAAGGCGGUGAUAUUGAACUAGAACCAGUUCCUGCUUCGAUGAAGGAAGAAAUAAUCGAGAAAAUUAAGAAGGCAGAAAUCAAAGAAUUUCAAACUUUGAGAACGCCUGUAAAUAAAAUCGUUCCAGUUGAAGAAAGAUUGAUGAAACUUGAACAGUUUCAUAGAGCUAUGGGAACUUAUAUGUGGUUAGCUUAUAGAUUCCCGCAAUGCUUUAUAGAUAUCCAGUCUGCUACGAGAUUAAGAGAACUAAUUGAAUAUAGAAUCUCUGAGAUGUUGAGCAAUUUGAGAGCUUCGAAGAAGUUGGAUAAUAAUAGAUUUAAAACAUUCUAA